UGUAGCCUUCGCCUUAUUUGUAGAUGACGAAAUUCCUAUUCUACGCUUUGCGUAUUUUACUGCUCGGAAGCGUAUGUAUUGUAGCGUACAUCGCUCUUCACUUCGUACCAGGUUCCUGGUCGCACGGCAAGCCGACGAACGCCUCUACGUACGCUCGUAACCUCUGUGCCGAUAAUUCCACGUCUCCAAUCGGCAAUCACAGCGCUUGCCACAAAAACAUCUUCUUCAUCGAGACCUCAUCAAGAACUUGCCUCACCCUCCGUCAAGCGUGUGCCAUAGAAUCAGCUCUCUUUCAUAAUCCCGACACCAGCGUCACGCUCCUGCUCCUGGCAACAAGCAACGUUCUCCGAGACUUCUGCCCCGCUGUCCACGCCCUACGGCAAGCUCCUAACUUCAGGAUACGUGUACUACACCUGGACUCCUUCAUGGCCGACUCCCCGCUCUCAUCCUGGUACCGCAAGGGAACUUGGCGCAAAAGUCGCUACAAGAUAUCUCACAUGAGCGACGCCUUACGAUUCUUAGUCCUCUGGAAGUACGGUGGAAUUUAUCUGGACCUGGACGUUGUCGUUAAGAAAUCGUUGGCGAGACUUCCCACUUGUCUUGGAGAGGAAGCGCCGGGCAGGCCGGUAGGAGGGGUCAUGGCUUUCCCUCCGAGCCAUUGGUUUUUGACUGCAUGCCUUCAUGAUUUUGCUGAGGACUACAGGCCCCAGAUGUGGGCCCACAACGGCCCUGGUGUUAUUCAGAGGAUAAUCAAAAGAAGGGCUUGUAACGAAUCUUGUAGCCUCGAAGGGUCUGUGCGUGUCGUGGACGACGUCGUCGUGCUACCUCCGAAAUCCUUCUACGCAGUCCACUGGGCGUACUGGAAGUGGUUCUUCGACAAGAGUGAGGCCAUGCACGUGAAAAGGUUGACCGAGGAGAGCUACCUCGUUCACAUGUGGAACGCUUUGAGCUCGACCACAAUUGUGAAGACUGGUAGUGGAAGUCCGUAUGAUCUCGAAGCGAGACAAAACUGUCCGAGAUCGUACGAGCUGAUGAAACGUCACGGGUGGUUCUGAUCUUAGAUGUUUUUCAAUUAUACUGUAUUUAUACAGUAUAUGCUACACGUAUGGCAUGCAUAUGUAAAAAGUACUUGGUAAGCAUGUGCGUUUCCCGAGCAAUCGUGCAAUAUCGUCCGCCCUGUCUGCAUAGCCUGCACUGAAUGAUUUAGCGCUCACACCGACUGCGUGAUGCGAGCAUUGAAAUAGGAGGAGUUCCUGUUGAAGACGGCUGCAUAUCGUUGUGCACAAAACGGAUGAUGAGAAGGAAGCCUUGAAAGCAUUUCGUUCACUUAAAUAAUUGAAAUAGCUUAAAUAAUAAAUAAAUAAUAUCUUAAAUAAUAAAAUAAUAACUUCAAUAAUUAAAUAAAAUUACCAACCAAGUCAGCUCAUUUUUUUAAAGUUUCAUGCACUGAUUUUAUAAUUUCAAACCUGAGGUAAGGCGAGUCUCCCAACGAUGACGAUGACGUUACGUCACAAGUGAAUCAAUGCACACCCUAAGAAAACAAAAAAGUGAUCAAAAUAUAAAUCAUUGGAACUACUGUGUUCAAGCUUUCAUGCAGUGCACUGCAUUUCACCAGGUAAAAAAAAAAUUUAAAUUUAAAAAGUAAAAUUUAAAAAAAAUACAUUGGGGAGUAACUAAAGUUUCCAGUCCACUAGAUUGAAAUUGCUCCCUAAUUUAUUCCCCUGAUCCUUGAAUUGAGUUGUAUUUGAAUUUGAAUUGAAAUAAUCCACAAACUUCGUAUGUGAUCCCCUGAAUGCGACAGUCUAUAUAAAUAUGUGCU